GGAAAUCCAACUAGUACUGAUUCUUGGUGGCAAUACCAAUACGCCCACCUCUGCGCCGUCUUCCACCACCACUACUUCUACCUCGACCGUCUCUACUCCAAGUUCCACUUCUAUUCCUUCAACAUCGACCUCAUCCACUUCUACUUCUCAGACUUCCACUACGACUUCUAGCUCGACUACUUCUACUACGUCUUCUACUACGUCUUCUACCUCGUCCUCGACCUCAUCAUCAACAACGACAUCAACGACUCAAGCUCCAAGCACUACUCAGGGUAUGAGCACCGCAGUGGUUUUCAUCUCGGGCUCGAGUACCACUACUACUAGCCAGUCCCCUACAAUGACCGCGAUUGGUGCUGCCAAGUCGAUGACAGUUGCAAAGAGGACGGUCAUCGUUCUGGUUGCCAUUGCAGGCUCCAUCGGCGUGACGUUCGUUAUUUGGACCGUCAUUCGUAAGUGGAAAUUCAGACCUUCGCGUGAAUUUGAGGAUCGCCUCAAUGGCAACAUCGACUGGACUCCCUCUGCCUUCGAUGAUCCUAUGGCGGAGAAAAUUGCUGCACAUCGUCGCAAUCCCUCGGCUGGCUCCCAUGGCUCAUUUGGCUCUAGCGAUUUGCACAAUAAUGGUGCCCGGGCCACGGGCCAGCCUGAUCUCAAACGAAGUGGGAGUGGCCGUUCAAACCAGAUAGAGACCAAUAUUCCAGAUCUUCCCCCCCAUGAUCUGCUUCCUCACCAUGAUUAUGCCCCUGGCCCUAUACAUUCAGAUGCACCUGGACCGGUCUACAACGAAAUGUCGCGCUCACCUCCUGGAAUGUCUCGCCUUGACGGUGCUGGCAAUUCCGGAUUAUCGCGCAGCGCGACUGUAUCCUAUGGCGAGGAUCCUUAUGGUGGGUAUACCGAAUACGAUGAUCAUCCACAUGGCGCCGCAAACGUCGCGCCCCACCACGCCUUUGGAGCAGCUCCCGCUGCUCAACCACCUCAGCCCGGAUACGGAGUUCAGUACCGUGGAUACUAAACAUCUUGGGUUGGGAGACUGCCUCUAUAUUCCUAUCUUCGCGAUGUCGACGUCAAGUUUACAUUACACCGUGUUCUUGUCUUGUGAAUUCGUUGUCGGACGCCUUCUUGCCCUUAUGUAUUUCAAGUUUUAUUUCAAAUCUUUACUCUCUUUCAUGAUGCGUUCCCUUUAUUCUAUCCCUUUGUCAUGCUAUUGCUCGGGGGGUUGUUGUCUUCCCGGCGUCUCGCUGGUUCAGACGUUGACUCGAUGUUAUAGGGAUAAUCCCUUUGUUUGAGACUUAAUUUGAAUUUAUUCUUUGUUUCAGGAUCCCGAUUCAG